GACAGACGGUGAAGCCUCUGCCUGAGCUGUCGGUGGACUCUCCGCUCGUCGGUGGCCUGAACGGACAGAAAACACAGACCCAGCGUCAGCGGACUGGACCGCCUCGCGCCCCGGGGGCCGCCACCGAGCAUCUGCGUUUGUAUUUCACAGAAAAAGAAAGAACAUUCGCAUUUCUAUCCCCACACGUUGGGCUUCCAUCCUCUGCCACAGAUCGGGAGCUGGGGACAUUUGGUGUCAGGGAACUUCCACAAUAGGUCGCCGCCGCCGCGUCGCUCUGACGGCUGCAUAUGUUGCACCGGAGCCCCGCGGUUUGACUCCAGCUCCUUCCUGCCGCGGCCCCGAUGCUGAGGAAUGGAUAGCGUGUCUGUGAAAGGUGGGAGGAUGGUCCGGAGCGACGACCACCCUCAGCCCGAGAGGGACGGCGGCCGUGGUGGUGGCGGCGGCGGCGGUGGCGCAGCGAUGGCCGCGCUUCACCAAUGCGAACUCAUCCAGAACAUGAUUGAUAUCUCCAUCUCCAGUUUACAGGGGCUGCGCACCAAAUGCGCCGCGUCCAACGACCUCACGCAGCAGGAGAUACGCACUUUAGAGGUGAAGCUGAUGAAAUACAUCUGUAAACAGCUGCAGUGCAAGCAGAAAGUGCCGGAGACGGAGAGGCCCGAGGCCCUGGACAGCUACCCACACUUACGAGAUUGGCUACGCACCAUCAACCUGCGGCCGGAGCUCACCGUGGCAGUGGAAGCAAAGUUGUCCCUGGAUGCCUUACUGCAGAUGACCGGUGCUCAGGUGAGGGAUACAAUGAGAAGACUCGGGUCCAGUUCAGAGGAAUGUGCCAGACUCAGUGCUGCCCUCUCCUGUCUGAAGAGUGCCACUGAAUCAGGAGGUGAACUGAGGGAAGACGGCGGUCUGUGGAUGUCUGAGCCCACCAGGAGGGACAGUGGCUCGCUACUGACAGCAGACCAGCUAACAGGCCUGGGCACCCCACUCCGCCCUCACAGCCCCUCGCCUCUUGCCCGACCGUCCGCCAUCCACUCCACCCCAUCCACACCCUGCCCCACCUUCCCUCACCACCGCUCGGGCUCGAUGUCAGCAGCGCCCACGGCUGAAGCGCUGGCAUCGCACCUCCGUGGCGAAAGCCCCCUCACCGAUCCAUUCCCCAUGCCCUUAGCUCGAACGGCCCGCCUCCACGGACACACCUCCACCCCACCCAUAACCCCACCUUCGAAGAGGCGUCACCGACUGAAGCCCCCCUGCACUCCUCCGCCUCCAUCCCGUAAAGUGCUGCAUCUACUUCCCAACAUCACGCUGACGCGCAGCAAAAGCCACGAGUCCCAGCUGGGCAACCGCAUCGAAGACCCUCCCACCAACAAAUGUGUUAGAAAGAACAAGUUGUUUCUAAAUAUGCAAGUCAACGGGAACGGAUGCCAGGACUUGUCUUCUCCCUACCCCACCGUGUCUGCACGCACGCCAGGGGUCACCCCGGCCGCCACCACAGCACCUUACACCCUGCCUGGCACACCCACCCUACUGGAAGAGCACAGCACCAUUAAGAAUAAUGUAGCAGUGCAUCGCAGCUCUCCACAAGCAGUGAGAAGGGACAUAGGCCUAUCAGUCACACACAGGUUUUCGACCAGGUCCUGGCUCUCCCAGACAUGUCAGGUGUGCCAGAAGAACAUGAUGUUUGGGGUUAAGUGCAAACACUGCCGGUUAAAGUGCCACAACAAAUGCACAAAGGAAGCUCCAUCCUGCAGAAUCUCCUUUCUACCAAUUGCCAAAAUUCGGAGGACUGAGUCUGUUCCAUCUGACAUAAACAACCCUGUGGACCGGCCGACAGAAGCACCGCAGUUUGGCACGCUACCAAAAGCCAUUACAAAAAAGGAUCAUCCUCCAGUGCUGAACCAGCUGGACUCCAGCAGCAAUCCGUCCUCCACCACCUCAUCCACGCCCUCCUCGCCGGCGCCCUUCCAGCAGAGCAACCCCCCCAGCGCCACCCCGCCGCCCAACCCCUCGCCGAAAGGUCAUAGGGACAAUCGCUUUAACUUCCCAGCUGCCUGUUACUUUCAGCAUAGACAGCAGUUUAUCUUCCCCGAUGUCUCCAGCCCUGCUCAUUUGCACUCUGACGUCCUACAAGACACUGUCAGUGAGAUUGAGCAAUCAGACGACAUACACGCUGAGCUGGUUGAAGAUGAAGACGAAGAGGAAGUGGAGGAGGACAUUGAUGUGGAGGAUGAAGACCCAGAGGCAGAGGAGGAGAACGAGGAAGAAGAGGAGGAGAAUGAGGACGAGGAAGACGACGAGGAGAUCAGGAUGAGCAUGGGCUCCGACGGGGAGCUGGACGUUGACGAGCUGGAUGAUCUGCCCAGCUCGCGGGGGAACCAGUGGAAGGGCCCCAUCUCCCGCAAACCGAGCCAGACCAGCGUCUACCUCCAGGAGUGGGACAUCCCAUUUGAGCAGCUGGACCUCGGGGAACUCAUAGGAAAGGGCCGCUGGGGCAAAGUGCACAAGGGUCGUUGGCAUGGCGAGGUAGCGAUACGGCUCCUUGAGAUUGACGGGAACAACCAGGACCAUCUGAAGCUCUUUAAAAAGGAGGUGAUGAACUACAGGCAGACCAGACAUGAGAAUGUGGUCCUCUUCAUGGGGGCCUGCAUGGCUCCACCCCACCUCGCCAUCAUCACCAGCUUCUGUAAAGGGAGGACGCUGUAUUCUGUCGUUAGAGACACUAAAAACACUUUGGAUAUUAACAAGACCAGACAAAUCGCUCAGGAGAUUGUAAAGGGAAUGGGCUAUCUGCACGCCAAAGGCAUCGUUCACAAGGACCUGAAGUCCAAGAACGUCUUUCACGACACCAAUAAAGUCAUCAUCACGGACUUCGGGCUGUUUGGGAUCUCUGGGGUCGUUCAGGAAGGGAGGCGUGAGAAUAAACUCAAACUUCCACAUGGCUGGAUUUGUUAUCUGGCACCAGAGAUUGUGCGCAGGAUGAGUCCAGGUAACAAUGAGGACCGCCUUCCGUUCUCCACCGCAGCUGAUGUGUACGCCUUUGGCACCAUUUGGUAUGAGCUUCAAGCAAGGGACUGGCCAAUCACCAAUCAGCAUGUGGAAGCUACCAUCUGGCAGGUGGGGAGCGGAGAGGGCAUCAAGAAGGUGUUGGCCGAGAUCAGCCUGGGCAAGGAGGUCACUGAGAUCCUCUCCGCCUGCUGGGCGUAUGACCUGAGAGAGAGGCCGACCUUCACCCAGCUGGCCGACAUGCUGGAGAAGUUGCCCAAACUCAACCGCAGGCUGUCCCACCCUGGACACUUCUGGAAGUCUGCAGAGUUGUAGCCGGUGCACUGAAACAUAAGCAAUGCACAACAAAGCCUGGGUCUGCCUUGCAUGCUCCUGAAUCCUUAACUCUUACAGGAUUGAACAAAGCGUUGCCUCUGCCUGAAAACAGACACUGCUUCCACUAAUCCACGGUCUGAUCUUCCGUGUCUAACCGCUGCGUUUCCUUAGAGAUGAUUGGUGGACUGAGGCGUGGCAGGGUCGGGGGCGAGGGGGGGGAGAUAGCGGGACGACCACCACCACCAUCCUCCGUGCUUUCCCUCCUUUUCGUCUCAUAUCUCUUCGCCUUUCCCCCCUUUUUUUGGAUUUUGUUUCUGUGAAGUUGUGCGUCUCUCUGAGGCUUGUGAGUUACUGGUGUCUGUGCUGAGACUGACUGGUGGCGCCGUGGUCCGUGCCUGCUGAUGGUCGCUCCCUGUCCUCCGCCCCCCGCUCACCUUUCUCUCUGCUGCGCUGCUGUGAUUGUGGUCGUUCUCAAUAAUCUCACACACACACACACACAUGCACACCGCCGGACGUAAAGUGAACCCUCACUCCAAACGGACCACGUCAUUUAUCUAUGUUUUCCCCGAGGGUCUGACACGCGUCUGACAGGCUUGAGUUAUAUCUUCUCAAAGCGACUGCCUCUCUGCUCCUCUCCCUCGGUUAUUUCACGCUUGUGUGUGACGGCGUCUGCCGACAUGUUGACUGCCCCAUGUCCAGACACAAUAUGCACUUUGUCUACAGGAGAAAAAUAAUCACUAACUCAGUUUUUGGUUGUCGCUGUUGUUCAGUUUGGGUUUAAAUCGUCAUAUUUGCAGUGUUUUUUUUCUUUUAUACUUGUGAUGGUCUCAGAGGCUCGGACAGUGUUAUAUGCUCACUCGUAUGUUGUCUUUAUGGAGCAUAACCUGUUAUAUUCACUGUUUUAUUGGAUGCAUUUUGAAAACACGGCACAGAUGAAGAUGCUAGAGUUGACGUGAAAAGAAACAAAGCGAAAUAUCCCCUUCAUCAUCCACAAUCCACAUGGGGAAGAGAAUAAUGCUGGUUAUUUAUGAUUAAAGAGUUUUUUUUAUAAUAGUGUCCAUCCAUUGAAGUGUAAAGUGCACUUUAUGAGAAUGUGAGUUCCUUGGAAAGAUCCUCCUGUCGAGGAGUUGAGUGAUUUCAGUCUGCGCAAAAAAGAAAAAAGAUAAAUCAGGAACCUGGCGCAAAAGUGUCCUAUAUCUUCCUAAAACAUUACCUCUUGUGCGCGCUUGUGCAUACUGUUUGUGAUUGCUGGCUUCAGUUGGGGUGCUUGUAUUUAUGUGGUGUGUGUGCGUGUGCGUGUGUGUGCGUGUGCACGUGCGACUGAGUGAGUGAGUGUCCAGUGUCGGAAUACGUCGGGUUGGUUUUUGUGAAAGAUUGCAGUAAAUGUCGUGUUGUAUAAUCCAAUUGUACAUACAUUAUUUAAUGUAUAGCAAAUUAACAUGAUUCUUCUAAUAUUUGUACAAACAUUUUAUAUGUAAACUACAUCACAACAUUUUUGAAUAGGUACUGCUAUGGCUAUUACAGAUGUGUAUAUAUUUAUAUUUUUUUCAUGUAUAAAAAAUACUGUAUAAAAGCUGUACAAUUUUUAGAAUGGGCCAAUACAUGUUUUUUAUGUUCCUGUAAAAAUUCAUAUUUUUGUAUUGCAUGUGACUACUGUUCUGUUCACACAGUUUCUGUUUUCAUCCAUGGAAGACAAUAAAAUGAGG